AAAUGCCCACAACUAAAGCCAUAGAACAAACAACUGAAAUGCUAAUAACAAGUUUUUACACUACUGUUGAAGCCACCUUUGAGUUUACUACAAGGCCAGCAACUGUGGGUUCAACUGUGUCACCAAGCACAUUAAGCUCAGAAAGUAACACAACCAAUUCAGUCAGUUCCACAGCCAAUUUAAUAACAAUCCCCAUUGCUGAAGUUACUAUACCAGAUAAUGGAGAGCCAUACAAUUUGUCAAUCAUCAAUACUACAACGACCUAUCUACUAACAUCGGGAGGAAUGAGACAAAAUAGAAAAAUUUUUGCAGUGGUCUACAGCAGGCUGGUGUUCAACUCCUCCUCUCCUGUCCCCAGUGAGAGUUUGGUCCUCAAUGCUACCAACACUUUGCUCAAGUCUCGACGUGCAAACCUCAGUAAUUCUACACAAGUGCUGAACGUCACCUAUGAGAAAAUUUCAGAAACGUCCUAUGCCGUCAUCUUCACAAUCAGCGUCAGUAACAUCAGCAUGCCUGAGAGCCCUGUCCUCAUGAACGGCACCUACACCCAACUGAAGAACUCUGUCAACAUCGCUCUAAACACACUGCUUAAUGAACCUAGUGCAGAACUGUUUGAACCCCAGAGCUCUGACUUCAGAACAUCAGCAAACCAGGUUGAUGGUAACAUGCAGUACAGCUUCCAAGAGGGAGACGCCAAAACACCAAUCAGCUUCCUGAAUGAGCUGAAGACAAAGACUGUCUCAACUACAACAGUUUCUCCAAUGACUACAAGCAGGCUGAUUGUGACAUCUGCAGCAACUCAUUCCAAAAUUCCUACUUCUGCAGUGGUCUACAGCAGGCUGGUGUUCAAGUCCCCCUCUCCUGUCCCCAGUGAGAGUUUGGUCCUCAAUGCUACCAACACUUUGCUCAAGUCUCGACGUGCAAACCUCAGUAAUUCUACACAAGUGCUGAACGUCACCUAUGAGAAAAUUUCAGAAACGUCCUAUGCCGUCAUCUUCACAAUCAGCGUCAGUAACAUCAGCAUGCCUGAGAGCCCUGUCCUCAUGAACGGCACCUACACCCAACUGAAGAACUCUGUCAACAUCGCUCUAAACACACUGCUUAAUGAACCUAGUGCAGAACUGUUUGAACCCCAGAGCUCUGACUUCAGAACAUCAGCAAACCAGGUUGAUGGUAACAUGCAGUACAGCUUCCAAGAGGGAGACGCCAAAACACCAAUCAGCUUCCUGAAUGAGCUGAAGACACAGACUGCCUCACCUACAACAGUUUCUCCAAUGACUACAAGCAAUCUGCCUGCAACAUCUGCAGCAACUCCUUCCAAAAUUCCUACUUCUGCAGUGGUCUACAGCAGGCUGGUGUUCAACUCCUCGUCACCUGUCCCCAGUGAGAGUUUGGUCCUCAAUGCUACCAACACUUUGCUCAAGUCUCGACGUGCAAACCUCAGUAAUUCUACACAAGUGCUGAACGUCACCUAUGAGAAAAUUUCAGAAACGUCCUAUGCCGUCAUCUUCACAAUCAGUGUCAGUAACAUCAACAUGCCUGAGAGCCCUGUCCUCAUGAACGGCACCUACACCCAACUGAAGAACUCUGUCAACAUCGCUCUAAACACACUGCUUAAUGAACCUAGUGCAGAACUGUUUGAACCCCAGAGCUCUGACUUCAGAACGUCAGCAAACCAGGUUGAUGGUAACAUGCAGUACAGCUUCCAAGAGGGAGAUGCCAAAACACCAAUCAGCUUCCUGAAUGAGCUGAAGACACAGACUGCCUCACCUACAACAGUUUCUCCAAUGACUACAAGCAAUCUGCCUGCAACAUCUGCAGCAACUCAUUCCAAAAUUCCUACUUCUGCAGUGGUCUACACCAGUCUGGUGUUCAACUCCACGUCUCCUGUCCCCAGUGAGAGCUUGGUGCUCAAUGCUACCAACACUUUGCUCAAGUCUCGAUGUGCAAACCUCAGUAAUUCUACACAAGUGCUGAACGUCACCUAUGAGAAAAUUUCAGAAACGUCCUAUGCCGUCAUCUUCACAAUCAGCGUCAGUAACAUCAGCACGCCUGAGAGCCCUGUCCUCAUGAACGGCACCUACACCCAACUGAAGAACUCUGUCAACAUCGCUCUAAACACACUGCUUAAUGAACCUAGUGCAGAACUGUUUGAACCCCAGAGCUCUGACUUCAGAACAUCAGCAAACCAGGUUGAUGGUAACAUGCAGUACAGCUUCCAAGAGGGAGACGCCAAAACACCAAUCAGCUUCCUGAAUGAGCUGAAGACACAGACUGCCUCACCUACAACAGUUUCUCCAAUGACUACAAGCAAUCUGCUUGCAACAUCUGCAGCAACUCCUUCCAAAAUUCCUACUUCUGCAGUGGUCUACAGCAGGCUGGUGUUCAAGUCCCCCUCUCCUGUCCCCAGUGAGAGUUUGGUCCUCAAUGCUACCAACACUUUGCUCAAGUCUCGACGUGCAAACCUCAGUAAUUCUACACAAGUGCUGAACGUCACCUAUGAGAAAAUUUCAGAAACGUCCUAUGCCGUCAUCUUCACAAUCAGCGUCAGUAACAUCAGCAUGCCUGAGAGCCCUGUCCUCAUGAACGGCACCUACACCCAACUGAAGAACUCUGUCAACAUCGCUCUAAACACACUGCUUAAUGAACCUAGUGCAGAACUGUUUGAACCCCAGAGCUCUGACUUCAGAACAUCAGAAAACCAGGUUGAUGGUAACAUGCAGUACAGCUUCCAAGAGGGAGACGCUAAAACACCAAUCAGCUUCCUGAAUGAGCUGAAGACACAGACUGUCUCAACUACAACAGUUUCUCCAAUGACUACAAGCAGGCUGAUUGUGACAUCUGCAGCAACUCAUUCCAAAAUUCCUACUUCUGCAGUGGUCUACAGCAGGCUGGUGUUCAACUCCUCGUCACCUGUCCCCAGUGAGAGUUUGGUCCUCAAUGCUACCAACACUUUGCUCAAGUCUCGACGUGCAAACCUCAGUAAUUCUACACAAGUGCUGAACGUCACCUAUGAGAAAAUUUCAGAAACGUCCUAUGCCGUCAUCUUCACAAUCAGCGUCAGUAACAUCAGCACGCCUGAGAGCCCUGUCCUCAUGAACGGCACCUACACCCAACUGAAGAACUCUGUCAACAUCGCUCUAAACACACUGCUUAAUGAACCUAGUGCAGAACUGUUUGAACCCCAGAGCUCUGACUUCAGAACAUCAGCAAACCAGGUUGAUGGUAACAUGCAGUACAGCUUCCAAGAGGGAGACGCCAAAACACCAAUCAGCUUCCUGAAUGAGCUGAAGACACAGACUGCCUCACCUACAACAGUUUCUCCAAUGACUACAAGCAAUCUGCCUGCAACAUCUGCAGCAACUCCUUCCAAAAUUCCUACUUCUGCAGUGGUCUACAGCAGGCUGGUGUUCAACUCCUCGUCUCCUGUCCCCAGUGAGAGUUUGGUCCUCAAUGCUACCAACACUUUGCUCAAGUCUCGACGUGCAAACCUCAGUAAUUCUACACAAGUGCUGAACGUCACCUAUGAGAAAAUUUCAGAAACGUCCUAUGCCGUCAUCUUCACAAUCAGCGUCAGUAACAUCAGCAUGCCUGAGAGCCCUGUCCUCAUGAACGGCACCUACACCCAACUGAAGAACUCUGUCAACAUCGCUCUAAACACACUGCUUAAUGAACCUAGUGCAGAACUGUUUGAACCCCAGAGCUCUGACUUCAGAACAUCAGCAAACCAGGUUGAUGGUAACAUGCAGUACAGCUUCCAAGAGGGAGACGCUAAAACACCAAUCAGCUUCCUGAAUGAGCUGAAGACACAGACUGCCUCACCUACAACAGUUUCUCCAAUGACUACAAGCAAUCUGCCUGCAACAUCUGCAGCAACUCCUUCCAAAAUUCCUACUUCUGCAGUGGUCUACAGCAGGCUGGUGUUCAAGUCCCCCUCUCCUGUCCCCAGUGAGAGUUUGGUCCUCAAUGCUACCAACACUUUGCUCAAGUCUCGACGUGCAAACUUCAGUAAUUCUACACAAGUGCUGAACGUCACCUAUGAGAAAAUUUCAGAAACGUCCUAUGCCGUCAUCUUCACAAUCAGGGUCAGUAACAUCAGCAUGCCUGAGAGCCCUGUCCUCAUGAACGGCACCUACACCCAACUGAAGAACUCUGUCAACAUCGCUCUAAACACACUGCUUAAUGAACCUAGUGCAGAACUGUUUGAACCCCAGAGCUCUGACUUCAGAACAUCAGCAAACCAGGUUGAUGGUAACAUGCAGUACAGCUUCCAAGAGGGAGACGCCAAAACACCAAUCAGCUUCCUGAAUGAGCUGAAGACAAAGACUGCCUCACCUACAACAGUUUCUCCAAUGACUACAAGCAAUCUGCCUGCAACAUCUGCAGCAACUCCUUCCAAAAUUCCUACUUCUGCAGUGGUCUACAGCAGGCUGGUGUUCAAGUCCCCCUCUCCUGUCCCCAGUGAGAGUUUGGUCCUCAAUGCUACCAACACUUUGCUCAAGUCUCGACGUGCAAACUUCAGUAAUUCUACACAAGUGCUGAACGUCACCUAUGAGAAAAUUUCAGAAACGUCCUAUGCCGUCAUCUUCACAAUCAGGGUCAGUAACAUCAGCAUGCCUGAGAGCCCUGUCCUCAUGAACGGCACCUACACCCAACUGAAGAACUCUGUCAACAUCGCUCUAAACACACUGCUUAAUGAACCUAGUGCAGAACUGUUUGAACCCCAGAGCUCUGACUUCAGAACGUCAGCAAACCAGGUUGAUGGUAACAUGCAGUACAGCUUCCAAGAUGGAGACGCCAAAACACCAAUCAGCUUCCUGAAUGAGCUGAAGACACAGACUGCCUCACCUACAACAGUUUCUCCAAUGACUACAAGCAAUCUGCCUGCAACAUCUGCAGCAACUCCUUCUAAAAUUCCUACUUCUGCAGUGGUCUACAGCAGGCUGGUGUUCAACUCCUCGUCUCCUGUCCCCAGUGAGAGUUUGGUCCUCAAUGCUACCAACACUUUGCUCAAGUCUCGACGUGCAAACCUCAGUAAUUCUACACAAGUGCUGAACGUCACCUAUGAGAAAAUUUCAGAAACGUCCUAUGCCGUCAUCUUCACAAUCAGCGUCAGUAACAUCAGCACGCCUGAGAGCCCUGUCCUCAUGAACGGCACCUACACCCAACUGAAGAACUCUGUCAACAUCGCUCUAAACACACUGCUUAAUGAACCUAGAGCAGAACUGUUUGAACCCCAGAGCUCUGACUUCAGAACAUCAGCAAACCAGGUUGAUGGUAACAUGCAGUACAGCUUCCAAGAUGGAGACGCCAAAACACCAAUCAGCUUCCUGAAUGAGCUGAAGACACAGACUGCCUCACCUACAACAGUUUCUCCAAUGACUACAAGCAAUCUGCCUGCAACAUCUGCAGCAACUCCUUCCAAAAUUCCUACUUCUGCAGUGGUCUACAGCAGGCUGGUGUUCAACUCCUCCUCUCCUGUCCCCAGUGAGAGUUUGGUCCUCAAUGCUACCAACACUUUGCUCAAGUCUCGACGUGCAAACCUCAGUAAUUCUACACAAGUGCUGAACGUCACCUAUGAGAAAAUUUCAGAAACGUCCUAUGCCGUCAUCUUCACAAUCAGGGUCAGUAACAUCAGCAUGCCUGAGAGCCCUGUCCUCAUGAACGGCACCUACACCCAACUGAAGAACUCUGUCAACAUCGCUCUAAACACACUGCUUAAUGAACCUAGUGCAGAACUGUUUGAACCCCAGAGCUCUGACUUCAGAACAUCAGCAAACCAGGUUGAUGGUAACAUGCAGUACAGCUUCCAAGAUGGAGACGCCAAAACACCAAUCAGCUUCCUGAAUGAGCUGAAGACACAGACUGCCUCACCUACAACAGUUUCUCCAAUGACUACAAGCAAUCUGCCUGCAACAUCUGCAGCAACUCCUUCCAAAAUUCCUACUUCUGCAGUGGUCUACAGCAGGCUGGUGUUCAACUCCUCCUCUCCUGUCCCCAGUGAGAGUUUGGUCCUCAAUGCUACCAACACUUUGCUCAAGUCUCGACGUGCAAACCUCAGUAAUUCUACACAAGUGCUGAACGUCACCUAUGAGAAAAUUUCAGAAACGUCCUAUGCCGUCAUCUUCACAAUCAGCGUCAGUAACAUCAGCAUGCCUGAGAGCCCUGUCCUCAUGAACGGCACCUACACCCAACUGAAGAACUCUGUCAACAUCGCUCUAAACACACUGCUUAAUGAACCUAGUGCAGAACUGUUUGAACCCCAGAGCUCUGACUUCAGAACAUCAGCAAACCAGGUUGAUGGUAACAUGCAGUACAGCUUCCAAGAUGGAGACGCCAAAACACCAAUCAGCUUCCUGAAUGAGCUGAAGACACAGACUGCCUCACCUACAACAGUUUCUCCAAUGACUACAAGCAAUCUGCCUGCAACAUCUGCAGCAACUCCUUCCAAAAUUCCUACUUCUGCAGUGGUCUACAGCAGGCUGGUGUUCAACUCCUCCUCUCCUGUCCCCAGUGAGAGUUUGGUCCUCAAUGCUACCAACACUUUGCUCAAGUCUCGACGUGCAAACCUCAGUAAUUCUACACAAGUGCUGAACGUCACCUAUGAGAAAAUUUCAGAAACGUCCUAUGCCGUCAUCUUCACAAUCAGCGUCAGUAACAUCAGCAUGCCUGAGAGCCCUGUCCUCAUGAACGGCACCUACACCCAACUGAAGAACUCUGUCAACAUCGCUCUAAACACACUGCUUAAUGAACCUAGAGCAGAACUGUUUGAACCCCAGAGCUCUGACUUCAGAACGUCAGCAAACCAGGUUGAUGGUAACAUGCAGUACAGCUUCCAAGAUGGAGACGCCAAAACACCAAUCAGCUUCCUGAAUGAGCUGAAGACACAGACUGCCUCACCUACAACAGUUUCUCCAAUGACUACAAGCAAUCUGCCUGCAACAUCUGCAGCAACUCCUUCCAAAAUUCCUACUUCUGCAGUGGUCUACAGCAGGCUGGUGUUCAACUCCUCCUCUCCUGUCCCCAGUGAGAGUUUGGUCCUCAAUGCUACCAACACUUUGCUCAAGUCUCGACGUGCAAACCUCAGUAAUUCUACACAAGUGCUGAACGUCACCUAUGAGAAAAUUUCAGAAACGUCCUAUGCCGUCAUCUUCACAAUCAGCGUCAGUAACAUCAGCAUGCCUGAGAGCCCUGUCCUCAUGAACGGCACCUACACCCAACUGAAGAACUCUGUCAACAUCGCUCUAAACACACUGCUUAAUGAACCUAGAGCAGAACUGUUUGAACCCCAGAGCUCUGACUUCAGAACAUCAGCAAACCAGGUUGAUGGUAACAUGCAGUACAGCUUCCAAGAUGGAGACGCCAAAACACCAAUCAGCUUCCUGAAUGAGCUGAAGACACAGACUGCCUCACCUACAACAGUUUCUCCAAUGACUACAAGCAAUCUGCCUGCAACAUCUGCAGCAACUCCUUCCAAAAUUCCUACUUCUGCAGUGGUCUACAGCAGGCUGGUGUUCAACUCCUCCUCUCCUGUCCCCAGUGAGAGUUUGGUCCUCAAUGCUACCAACACUUUGCUCAAGUCUCGACGUGCAAACCUCAGUAAUUCUACACAAGUGCUGAACGUCACCUAUGAGAAAAUUUCAGAAACGUCCUAUGCCGUCAUCUUCACAAUCAGGGUCAGUAACAUCAGCACGCCUGAGAGCCCUGUCCUCAUGAACGGCACCUACACCCAACUGAAGAACUCUGUCAACAUCGCUCUAAACACACUGCUUAAUGAACCUAGUGCAGAACUGUUUGAACCCCAGAGCUCUGACUUCAGAACAUCAGCAAACCAGGUUGAUGGUAACAUGCAGUACAGCUUCCAAGAUGGAGACGCCAAAACACCAAUCAGCUUCCUGAAUGAGCUGAAGACACAGACUGCUUCACCUACAACAGUUUCUCCAAUGACUACAAGCAAUCUGCCUGCAACAUCUGCAGCAACUCCUUCCAAAAUUCCUACUUCUGCAGUGGUCUACAGCAGGCUGGUGUUCAACUCCUCCUCUCCUGUCCCCAGUGACAGUUUGGUCCUCAAUGCUACCAACACUUUGCUCAAGUCUCGACGUGCAAACCUCAGUAAUUCUACACAAGUGCUGAACGUCACCUAUGAGAAAAUUUCAGAAACGUCCUAUGCCGUCAUCUUCACAAUCAGCGUCAGUAACAUCAGCACGCCUGAGAGCCCUGUCCUCAUGAACGGCACCUACACCCAACUGAAGAACUCUGUCAACAUCGCUCUAAACACACUGCUUAAUGAACCUAGUGCAGAACUGUUUGAACCCCAGAGCUCUGACUUCAGAACGUCAGCAAACCAGGUUGAUGGUAACAUGCAGUACAGCUUCCAAGAGGGAGACGCUAAAACACCAAUCAGCUUCCUGAAUGAGCUGAAGACACAUAGUGGCAACACACCCACCAUGCCCCCAAUAGCAAUCACAGCUUUGCAGAGCACAGCAGUUCCAACUCCAGAGAUUUCAACAACUUCAGUUCUGGAUAGAACUACAUCUACAUCUCCCACUCCAGAGAUCACGGCAGCUCCACCUCAGCAGAUCUCAGCAGCUCCAACUUUAGUGGGGACUGUGCUGAUUUAUAUCCGCUUGGUGUUUAAGAACCUGACCACUCUACCCAGUGAGGCAGAGGUUCUUAAUGCUGCUAGUGCCCUGCUGGACUCAAGUGUCAGAAUGAAGCGAGAUGUCAGCACACAGAAACUGAAUAACCCAGUGAGCAUCCAGAACGUCACCUAUCAGAAAACGGGCAUCAACUCAUACACUAUCAGCUUCGCAUUCAAAAUCAGCAAUGUGAACAUUUCUAAAAACAUUGAACUGAGGAAUGAAACAUAUGAUGCAAUCCAAAACACCAUCAAUGGCCUACUGAACAAAAUCCUAAAUAACCCAAAUGCUCCACCAUUCGUCUUCCAACGAGCAAACUACACGGGUAACGACACUGUGAUUCAGGCUAAUGCAGAAUACGUCUUUGUGGAAGGAGAUAUCAAGACACCAAGUGGAUUUCUGAAUGAAAUACUCAACAUUCCAGAGAGAACUACAUCAACAAUUAUGGAGAUCACAACAUCUUCCACUCUGGACAUUACAACAGUUCCACAUCAGCAGAACACGAUAGCUCCAACUCUGGAGAUCACGGCAGUUCCACCUCAGGAGAUCACAGCAGCCCCACCUCAGCAAAUCACAGCAGCUCCACCUCAGCAGAUCACAGCAGCUCCAACUUUAGUGGGGACUGUGCUGAUUUAUAUCCGCUUGGUGUUUAAGAACCUGACCACUCUACCCAGUGAGGCAGAGGUUCUUAAUGCUGCUAGUGCCCUGCUGGACUCAAGUGUCAGAAUGAAGCGAGAUGUCAGCACACAGAAACUGAAUAACCCAGUGAGCAUCCAGAACGUCACCUAUCAGAAAACGAGCAGCAACUCAUACACUAUCAGCUUCGCAUUCAAAAUCAGCAAUGUGAACAUGUCUAAAAACAUUGAACUGAGGAAUGAAACAUAUGAUGCAAUCCAAAACACCAUCAAUGGCCUACUGAACAAAAUCCUAAAUGACCCAAAUGCUCCACCAUUCGUCUUCCAACGAGCAAACUACACGGGUAACGACACUGUGAUUCAGGCUAAUGCAGAAUACGUCUUUGUGGAAGGAGAUAUCAAGACACCAAGUGGAUUUCUGAAGGAAAUACUCAAAAUUAGUGGAUUAGCUGGAGGAGGGUUUCCAGGAUGGGCCCUAGCCAUCAUUAUCCCAUGCGGUAUUGCCAUCAUUCUCGUACCCUGCUGGAUUAUACUCUGCAUAAUGCUUUCUGGUUGCUGUGGAGCCGUUCGUAGACGCUGGCAUAGACGACGGUCAUACAAUGUGGAGUAUCCAAUACACAACAGCCUCUUCUAAAGAACAAGUUCUUCAUGUGACAACACCUUACAUUGAUUUAAAACCUGUUAUGGUGAAUAAAUGCCAGUUCUUUGAAAAUAUCAAUAUGUUUACUUCUAUACUAUCUGGAGUAAAAGGGUGAAUGUUAAAAAUGUAGGUCUGUCCCUCUGUAGUGUCUCUCUUUAGUUGCUUGUGUUUUAGUCUAUGUUAUAUUUUGUGCCUGUAUUGCUGGAUUUAUACAGGAUGUUACAU